AUGGACGUCCACCGCGGGGAAAAGUCUUCCGACACUCUCCCUUCAGUGGAACCCUUUGGGCCCGCAGCUUCAGGCGAUGGCAAGAAACACAACCGUCACGUCUAUGUGGUCAUAUUCCUAGUCGCGGCAGCAACCAUCAGGCUUGCCUUCUCAGGUGUUGGGCCUGCAGCCACUGCACCCAUAGGCAUGAUUGGGAUAGAAAAUGGCUCAAUUCUGACUUCGAUUGAGAUCAAAUGGACACCGUGCUACGAUGGACACCAGUGCUCGCGCUCCUCCUCCCACUCGACUACACCACCCAGACGACAACCGGACCACGGCCAUCGCCCUCCGCCUCGUCCAGCAGUGACGACCCCUCGCCGCGGCACUAUCCUCAUCAACCCCGGAGGCCCUGGUGGUUCAGGCACCGACCUCGCUGGACGCGCAGGCGCGAACAUCUCGCAGAUCGUCAACUCGUUCGACCCCUCACAGCGCAAGAUCUUCGACGCCCAGCGCGGGGCUUGGGCGGUCAACCGAACGGAUAGCACGACUGGAGUGGCCAUGGCGCGCCAAGAAAUCGUCGGUGCGCGGUGCGAGGCGAACAUCGGCGGAGAAGACGGUAUCGCGAGGUACAUGAGCACCGCUAGCGUCUCGCGCGACAUGAUCGAAAUCUCCUCGAGGGUUGGCGAAGAGAAGCUGAAUUACUGGGGCUUCAGUUAUGGCUCUGUCCUUGGCCAGUAUUUUGCCGCCAUGUACCCCGACAAGGUUGGACGGGUCAUCAUCGAUGGCGUUUUCGACGCCGAGAGCUACCGAUCCGAGCACUGGAGCACCAACCUCCUCGACAUGGAAGCCGUCAUGGACUCGCUGUUCGACUACUGCUACCAAGCCGGGCCCCUCAAAUGCAGCCUCUACGAGUCCGACGCCGGAAGCGAUCAAAGCGCGCUACGAACGCGUCCUCGACGCCGUCGAACGUGA